AUGGGCUCCUCGCCGCUUCCCGUCAGCUUGCAGAGCAAGUUCCUAAAUUCCAAACCUGUUUCUCGUUUACGGGAUUAUCGAGGAAAUCUUGAUAUACUCCGGAACCUAGUGUUCUUCUUCUUCGUCCUCGGCAUCGUCCGGCGAUCGUUCUAUUUUCUACGCGGCCAUGGCCUCAUUGGCUCUAUCCUCCUUGGUGUUCACAAGGCGCACAAGUCCGCAUACAGGAUCUUCCUGAACCUGCCUGGCGUGCGGAGUCAGGUGGCCAAACAGUUGGCCGUGACUCGUAAAGAUCUCGAAGACAAGCUCGCACCUACGGGUCCCGGCACGACUCGAUACCUAACCCUCCCCAAGGAACCAUGGACAACCGAACAGCUUCGCUCCGAGUUGGAGACUCUCUCAUCGAUGAAGCGGACCAGAUGGGAAGAAGGGAAAGUAUCUGGCGCAGUCUACCAUGGUGAGAAGGAAUUAUUGGAUAUCCAAUUCGAGGCGAUGAGGAUGUUCAGUGUUGCGAAUCCUAUUCAUGCGGAUGUGUUCCCAGCUGUGCGGAAGAUGGAGGCUGAAGUGGUGGCAAUGGUGUUGGCUCUGUUCAAUGCACCCACCUCUGGCGCAGGAGCUACUACUUCUGGAGGCACCGAAUCCAUUCUCAUGGCUUGUCUCUCCGCGAGACAGAAGGGAUAUGCGGAGAGAGGCAUUAGAAACCCUGAGAUGAUCAUUCCGAGCACAGCGCAUGCGGCCUUCGCCAAAGCAGGUAGCUAUUUCGGUAUCAAGGUCCACCAAGUCGCUUGCCCGGCCCCCGAGUACAUGGUCGAUAUCCACCGUGUACGAAGACUGAUUAAUCCAAACACCAUCCUUCUCGUCGGAUCCGCACCAAACUAUCCUCAUGGCAUCGUCGACAAUAUUCCCGCGCUAUCCAGACUGGCCGUCUCCUACAAAAUCCCUCUCCACGUCGACUGCUGUCUUGGCUCAUUUCUCAUGCCAUCGUUGGCAAAGGCCGGGUUCCCUUCUCCCUGGGCAGAGGAAGGCGGAUUUGAUUUCCGACAGCCAGGUGUCACUUCCAUAAGUGUCGACACUCACAAGUACGGGUUCGCACCGAAGGGAAAUUCCUGUGUUCUGUAUCGCAACCGCCAAUUCCGAGAGUAUCAAUACUUCCUAGCUCCAGAUUGGUCCGGCGGAGUGUACGGCUCGCCAUCGAUAGCCGGGUCGCGACCAGGCGCCUUGAUAGCGGGAUGCUGGGCCAGCAUGAUGUCCGUAGGCGAGAAGGGCUAUGUCGAUGCAACACACAAGAUUGUGUCGACGAGGAUCACCAUUCAGAAUGCCAUCAACGAACACACGGAACUGAAAGAUGUCCUAUCUAUCAUCGGCGGCCCGCUCGUCAGUGUCGUGGCGUUCGAGUCAAAAGACCCUGCCAUCUCCAUCUAUGACAUUGCAGAUGCCAUGUCUAAAAGACACUGGCACUUAAAUUCCCUACAAUCCCCACCAGGUGUACAUGUCGCGGUCACGUUACCGAUGACGAAGCCCGGUGCUGUUGAUGGCUUGAUCGAUGAUCUGGUCGCGGUAGUCGUGGCUGAGAAGGAGAAGGCCGUCGAUCGAGUCAAGGCUGGUGGCCCCAUUGAAAAAGGUAAAGGCAACUCUGCUCAGCUCUAUGGUGUUGCGGGCAGUCUCCCUGAUAAGAGCAUUGUAGAGCAGAUCCUAGUCGCAUAUCUCGAUACCUUGUACAAGGCUUAA